AGAUAGAGACGCUGCUGUGUGUGUCUGAGUGGGAGAUGGACUGAGUGAGGGCGCUCUUUCGACCAGUGCUGCCGAUAGCAUUGAAAUACCCAUAAGCUAGGUUGAAAUAAUUGACGAUUUCAGGUCGCUGAAUCAACAAGAAAAUACAGUACCAUUAUCAGUCUUUCACAUCCCACUCCAAACACACUAACACGGCAUUGAUGGUAAUGUAUGCAAGGAAACAACCGAGACUCGGCGAUGGGUGCGACCGAAGAGAUUCUCAGCCCUAUCAGACUCUCAAAUACUCAUCCAAGAGCCAUCCAGGUGGGGACCACCGACAUGAAAAGAUGCGAGACUCCUCAGAUGUCACUCCUCCCUGUAAAAUGCUCCGGAGGUCUGACAGCCCUGAAAACAAACACAUCGACAGCACAGGGCACAGCAGAGCAAAGGCUGUCCACACACACCGGGCCAGGGACAGGGACGGAGGGACCAGUUAUUCUCCACAGGAAAAUUCUCACAACCACAGCUCCCUUCAUAGCUCCAACUCACAUUCUAACCCCAGCAAGACCUCAGACACACCUUAUGAACCUGGUGACGACUGGUCAGAGCACAUCAGCUCGUCUGGAAAGAAAUACUAUUACAACUGCAGGACAGAGGUGUCCCAGUGGGAGAAGCCCAAAGAGUGGCUGGAGAGAGAACAGAGGCAAAAAGAGGCAACAAAGACUGCGGUUGUUAACAAUUUCCCCAAAGACAGGGACUACAGAAGGGAGGCUAUGCAAGCAUCGGCAGCCCCUACUGGUUCUAAGUCAGCCCAGGUGGAGAAGCCUACAGCAACCCUUGCCACCCAGUCCCAGUCAUCAACCUCAGGCUCAGGGAGCUUGAACCCAUCAUCAGGGCCCCCUGGAUCAUCAGCUUCCACAGUGCCCGUGUCUCCAGUCCUGCAAUCCCCCGCCCCUCCGAUACUCCAGGACCCCACCCUGCUUCGCCAGCUUCUCCCAGCACUUCAGACUGCCCUGCAGCUCAACAAUGCCAGUGUGGACAUGGCGAAAAUCAAUGAAGUUCUCACAGCUGCUGUCACACAAGCUUCAUUACAGUCGAUGCUCCAUAAGAUCCUCACUGCUGGACCAUCGGCUUUCAAUAUCACUACUAUCCUCUCUCAAGCUGCUCAACUCUCCAACCAAGCAGCCCAGCAAUCGAACCAGUCACCAAUGUCGUUAACAUCAGACGCCUCAUCGCCUAGGUCCUAUGUUUCUCCAAGGAUCAGCACACCACAGACCAAUGCUGGUCCUCUAAAGCCCCUCCUCAGCACGCAGCCUGUCAUCUCACAGCCAAAAGUGAGCACGCCAGCAGUAAAGCAGGCAUCUCAUCCCCAACCCACGUCCCAGCAGCCCCUCUCCAGCGAUAAGCAGCAUAGUCAUGAUGCCACCACAGCCUCCCCGCGCACCCUGCAGCGCCAAGGCAGUCAGAGGAGUCCCUCCCCAGGUCCCAACCAUGUCGCCUCCAGCAGCAGCAAUGCCCCCAACUCUGCCUCCGCUCCCCCCACUGCCUCAGCAGCCCGGCCAUCCUGCUCUUUCACCCCUACCCUUGCUGCCCACUUCAAUGAGAAUCUUAUCAAACAUGUGCAGGGUUGGCCUGCUGAACACGCAGAGAAACAGGCAUCAAGACUACGUGAAGAGGCUCACACUAUGGGGAGCAUCUGCAUGUCUGAGAACUGCACCGAGCUCAAAAACCUCCGGUCUUUGGUCAGAGUCUGUGAAAUACAAGCAACAUUGCGUGAGCAAAGGAUACUGUUUCUGAGACAGCAAAUCAAAGAACUUGAAAAGUUGAAGAAUCAGAAUUCUUUCAUGGUCUGAGAACUUCUGGUUGCGAGUUGAAGCGAGCGUUGGGAAAAGGGGGGGAAAAGACCCAUUGCACAUAGUUGGAAGCUGGAGGGGGAGCAGUUGUUCAGUUCCUCUUGAGCCCAGUCUUAACACACACACACAGGAGCUGCAGUCGGGUUGCCUUUGGACCGUUGGGCUGGGAGAACCAAGAGGGAGAAAUGAAGAGCUGUUGUGGGAGAAGGGGGAGGGUGGGGUGAUUUACAAGUUUUGUAAAAACCCUCGAUGGAAAAAAAUGUAGAUUUCUUGUAGAUGUUAUCUAUGUUGUAAAUAUGUUUUGUAGAUUGAAGCCAUGGAAAGCCAUGCCUAUCAAAGCUUUUGACAUCCAAACUAAUCAACGCCUAGGCGGCUACAUUCAUUAGCUAGCCUUUCCUUCAUGUUAACUCAUCUGCAGACUUAAAGCUUCAUUUUGUCAAUUCAUAGAUCAUUGAACCAUUGAGCAUGUGUGACCUGCAUGUAAACAGAGGAGGAUGUUUGAAGCCAUUUAUUUACACAGAAGCCUAGCAUAAAGCAUAACACACUGGUGUCAAAGUAGUUCUUCUCCUCAAAUCUCUGUAAACUGACUCUGUCUAGAUUCUCUUCCUCUGCCCUCUGUGGGUGAACUGUAACAUGUACUCAGGCGUGGUAAACAUCCCCUCUCUGCAGGUCUAUCAUAACUGCUCACAAUGGUUCAGUGGUCUGUUUGCAGCUUCUGGUGGCCCUGCAUUUCCCAAUUCUGAAAAAAACAGUGCCUGGUGGUGUGGUGGAGUGAGUGAUUAAAAAACAAACAAAAAAAAAUUAGAGAUGUGAUGGCGUGCUGCUUUGGACCAUUCCCACUACCCUCCCCUGGCCUCAGCCCUGCCCUGCCGCACCUUCUCCUGAGACACCCAACACUUCACACCCUCCUUGUUGGGUUUUUUUUUCUUUUGUGUUCCAACUGUUUUUGUUCCUCUUUUUUCCCUCUCUGACUUUUUAAGUUGAGGUGGUACCACUGGUUCAUUCCUUUGUACAGUUGCUAACAUUACAGUGAAGUUUUAAGAAGAGGAAGCAGAAUAAAAAGGUUUUAUUUAUAAGAGUUGUAGUGAUGAACAGUAAAUCACAAUGAUAUCCAUGCAUUUUCAUUUGCACCCAGUGUAGGAGUGGUAUUACAGGUGGUCCGAGGCAGAUGUGUCGUGGAUCACCUCUUCUGUCAGCGCAGGGCAACAAGAGGUCACAAGGUCAAAUGUGAAAUGUAUGUAUUGUAAUAAACAUAUUAAACUAAA